AGAAGAAAGAAAAAAAAACUUCUAGGUGGUGACGUUCCUGUCAUGUCGUCCAUAGAAUUUUACGAAAAAGUUCGCAAUUUGUUUACACGUAUUUAACAAAUAAACUAAAUUUAAUUGUUUUAAAAACAUUUUAAACUCAAUCCGCCACAUUGCGAUUUGCAAUUAAAAAUCGCAAAAACCCACUAACAAAAAAACUAACUUGUGAUAGCAACGUGUUUUUCUUUUUUUUUGUCGUAUAUUUUUCUCUUCUUUGCAAAAAUGACACGAAAAUGGAAUACAAUUUCGUCGCUGUCCAUUUUGUUGAUGAUGGUGCUCCUUCAACAGCAAAUCGACCUGAGUUAUCAAUUCUAUCUGCCCGGAUUGGCACCAGUUAAUUAUUGCCGAAAAUCUGAAUCAACUGGACCCUGUAAGUCUGAAGUAACUCUCUACGUCAACCGCUUGAAUACAGAAGAAUCAGUUAUUCCCUAUGAAUAUCAUCACUUCGAUUUCUGUACAAUCGACGAAGGUAACUCACCGGUGGAAAAUCUUGGACAAGUUGUAUUCGGAGAGAGAAUACGUCCUGGUCCGUAUAAAAUUGAAUUCCUAAAGAAUGUCGAAUGUGAAAAGGUAUGUACAAAAGUAUAUACAGGUGGUGAUCCGGACAGUGAUCGACGCAUGAUGGUUCUGAAGAAGGGCAUGAGCCUCAACUAUCAACAUCAUUGGAUAGUUGACAAUAUGCCAGUUACUUGGUGCUAUCCUCUGGAAAAUGACAAACAAUACUGCAGUACUGGUUUCCCAAUGGGUUGUCUUGUGAGGCAUUUGGUUGAUGGCGAUGAAAGUUGUCCCAUCAAUCCCAGCUACAAUAAACCCGGAUUCUAUUAUCCAUUUAACCAUGUUGACUUGACAAUAACCUAUCACAGUGGUGCCACCGAGGAAUGGGGUGUUGGUUUCGGUGAUAAUGGUGGGCGGAUAAUUUCGGUUAAGGUUAUUCCACGUUCCAUAAAUCACAAGAAUCCCGAAAAACCCGAUUGUGGCUCUCCCGAAGCAAUUGAAAUUCCAGCAAAUACCUUGCCUCGCAACACUAAACUCCAGAUCACCUACACUUACUCGGUUAAGUUCAUCAUGAACAACACCGUGAAAUGGUCGUCGCGUUGGGAUUACAUCCUCGAAUCAAUGCCCCACACGAACAUCCAAUGGUUCAGCAUACUGAAUUCCCUGGUUAUCGUUUUGUUCCUCUCGGGUAUGGUUGCCAUGAUUAUGCUUCGUACCCUGCACAAGGAUAUUGCCCGUUACAAUCAAAUGGAAAGUGGUGAAGAUGCUCAGGAGGAGUUCGGAUGGAAGUUGGUGCAUGGUGAUGUUUUCCGUCCCCCACGAAAGGGAAUGCUGUUGUCGGUGUUCUUGGGAUCUGGUGUGCAGGUUACUUGCAUGACAUUGAUUACUUUGGCAUUUGCUUGCUUGGGAUUCCUUUCGCCUGCGAAUCGAGGUGCUCUGAUGACUUGCGCCAUGGUCUUGUAUGUUUCUCUGGGAACGCCAGCUGGCUAUGUGUCGGCGAGGAUCUAUAAAAGCUUUGGUGGUAUUAAGUGGAAGAGCAACGUUAUGCUUACAUCAAUAGUUUGUCCUGGUGUCGUUUUCUGCUUGUUCUUUGUGAUGAAUCUGGUUCUGUGGGGAGAGGGUAGCUCAGGAGCUGUACCAUUCAGCACUUUGGUGGCAUUGCUGGCGUUAUGGUUUGGUGUCUCUGUUCCUCUUACUUUUGUUGGAGCAUACUUUGGAUUUAGGAAACGCGCAUUGGAACAUCCCGUACGAACGAAUCAAAUUCCUCGACAAAUUCCCGAUCAAUCGGUAUACACACAACCAAUCCCUGGAAUAAUUAUGGGCGGAGUGCUGCCCUUCGGUUGUAUUUUCAUUCAACUCUUCUUCAUUCUCAACUCCAUCUGGUCCAAUCAAAUGUACUACAUGUUUGGAUUCCUCUUUCUUGUAUUCCUCAUCCUCGUGAUAACCUGCUCUGAGACCACAAUCCUCCUUUGCUAUUUCCAUCUUUGUGCGGAGGACUAUCAUUGGUGGUGGCGUUCCUUCCUCACAUCAGGAUUCACCGCUGCCUAUCUCUUCAUCUAUUGCUGUCAUUACUUUGCCACAAAACUCUCCAUCAAGGAUGGAGCUUCGACAUUUUUAUACUUCGGAUACACCGCCAUCAUGGUGUUCCUUUUCUUCCUGCUCACAGGAACUAUUGGAUUCUUUGCAUGUUUCUGGUUCAUCCGUAAGAUCUACAGUGUGGUCAAGGUUGAUUAAAUGCCGUUUCUGUUUUGUUUGAAGUGGGGUGGUCUCAAUCUCUCUCUCUCCACACUCUCGCCCGCCCAAAACGCGCAAUAAUUUUUAACAAAUAAUUCUUCAAAAUAAAUCAAGAGUAUAUAAUAAAUGUGUAUGUAUUUUCUUACGUUUAAUUAAACAAACAAACAAAUAAUAUUUAAACGAAAUGAAACGAAACGAAAAACAUCAAAUUGGGCGAUCAGCAACUGAAAAGAACCGUUAUAAAUAUAUUACUAUUAUUA